AUGUGGCCCAAACGCUCCCGAGUAUACUUACAGGAUCUGUUUCAGAGCAGAUUCAUCAGGAUGAGCCUCCCAACCCCACGCAGACUCCUGGAACUGGCGUGUCAGAGUCUGCUGAGGGAUGAGGCCUUGGCCAUGAGUGCUGUGGAGAUGCUGCCUGCAGAGAUCUUCCCACCUCUCUUCAUGGCGGCCUUUGCUGGGAAGCAUGAUAAGAUCUUGAAGAUGAUGGUGCAGUCUUGGCCCUUCCCCUGCCUCCCCCUGGGGGCCUUGAUGAAGGAUCAGCAGCCUCAUCAAGAGACCUUCCAGGCUGUGCUUGAUGGACUCGAUGCCCUGCUUGCCCAGGAGGUUCGCCCCAGGAGAUGGAAGCUGCAGGUGCUGAAUUUACAGAAGGAUGCUCAUCAGGAGUUCUGGACCGUGUGGUCUGGAACCAGAGCUGCUGCAUGCUCACUGAUGGAGACGGAGACCACCCAGUCUGUGGGGAAGAGGCAGAAAGUGGAGAGUUCAAGGGCAGGGUCCAAACCACCCUUGGCCCCUGUGGAGGUGUUCAUAGAUCUUAGUCUGAAGGAAGGUGCCCCUGAUGAGUCCCUCAGCUACCUCAUUAAGAAGGUUAGUCAGGGGAGAGGUUUGCUGCACCUUUGCUGCAAGAAGCUGAAGAUUUUUGCGGUGUCGAUGCAAAACAUCAAUAUUCUCAAGAUGGUGCAGCUCGACUCUGUCCAGGAUUUGGAAGUAAAUUGUACCUGGAAGCCAUCCACCCUGAAGAAGUUCGUUCCUCAGCUGAGCCAGAUGGGCAAUCUGCGCCGGUUCCUUCUCUCCCACAUCCUUACGUCUUCUCACGCCACCCCGGCGCAGGAGCAGCAGUGUGUUCGCCAGCUCACGUCUCAGUUCCUCAGCCUGCACCACCUCCAGGAGCUCUGUUUAGAUGCUCUCUCCUUCCUUGAAGGCCGCCUGCACCAGGUGCUCAGGUGCCUACAGACCCCCUUGGAGGCCUUGUCCAUCACUAACUGCUCGCUUUCAGAAAAUGACUUCGCACAUCUGUGCCAGACCCUGAACGUCAGUCAGCUGAAAGGCCUGAGUUUCAGCGGGCUCAACCUGACCAAUAUGAGUUCCGGGCCCCUCCAGCUGCUGAUAGAGAGAGCCUCUGCCACCCUCCAGGACCUGGACUUGGAUGAGUGUGGGAUCAUGGACCCCGAGAUCACUGACAUUCUGCCUGCUCUGAGCCUCUGCUCCGAGCUCACGACCUUCAGCUUCUGUGAAAACCCCAUCUCUAUGAGUGUCCUGGAGGAGCUGCUGCGCCACACCAUUGGGCUGAGCAAGCUGAACCACGUGCUGUAUGCUGCCCCCAUAGAAAGUUACGAGGAGCUCACCGGCACCCUCCACCUGGGCAGGCUUGCCCAGGUGCACACCACACUGAGGCAGUUGCUGCAGGAUUUAGGGCGCCCAGACAUGGUCUGGUUCAGUGCUAGUCCCUGUCCUCACUGUGGUGAUAGAACCUUCUAUGACCCAAAUCCCAUUCUGUGUCCCUGUUACAUGUCUAUCUAG